AGUGCGUGUUUGUGUGGAAAGAAAAAUGAAAAUAAAAAUUGAUAAAUAAAUGAAAUAAAGAGGCGGCCACCUCAGAAUAACGCGGCAAAGGGUAAGGCGCCAGCAGCCUUUCGGAGUCGGAAUCAAUCAAAUCUCAAUCGAUCGACGACACCACCAAUUUCCGGGAGCCGGAACCCUAGCACCGCGAUCCCAUCACCGCUUUCGUCUAAUUCCGGCAACAAUGAGCGAAGAAGGCGGAGGAAAGAACCCAGGCGUCUCGGCCGCCGCCGCCGCCCAAUCUUCGCCGCCGCCGCCGAAUUAUUACUACGGCACUUUUCAAGGCGUGGCUAACUAUCAGCCCCAGCCUCUGCCGCCCGAUUAUUCGGUGGUGGGUAUCCCUCAGCCUGCGCCGCCUCCCGCCAUCUCUGGCUCGCUGCCGCGUUACUAUCCACAGGGAUAUCACACCGUUACCGGUCAUGUUGUUGCUCAUGGACGACCUUUUAGGGAGGAACGGCUCCCCUGUUGUGGUGUUGGACUUGGAUGGCUCUUGUUCAUUACUGGCUUCUUUCUCGGUGCAAUCCCCUGGUACAUAGGAGCUUUUCUACUGCUAUGCGUUCGUAUGGAUUACAGGGAGAAGCCUGGGCUCGUUGCGUGUGCCAUAGCUUUCCAUCAGUACCAGGUGGUGGGGAGAGCUCUGCCGACGGAGACGGAGGAGCACCCGAAGAUCUACCGCAUGAAGCUCUGGGCCACAAAUGAAGUCCGCGCUAAGUCCAAAUUCUGGUAUUUCUUGAGGAAGCUCAAGAAGGUGAAAAAGAGCAACGGGCAGGUUCUUGCUAUCAAUGAGAUUUUUGAGAAAAACCCUACAACCAUCAAGAACUACGGGAUCUGGUUGAGAUACCAGAGCAGAACCGGGUACCACAACAUGUACAAAGAGUACCGUGACACCACUCUGAACGGCGGUGUUGAGCAGAUGUACACUGAGAUGGCCUCCCGCCACAGGGUGCGCAGCCACUGCAUCCAAAUCAUCAAGACGGCCACUGUCCCGGCCAAGCUUUGCAAGAGGGAGAGCACCAAGCAAUUCCAUGAUUCCAAGAUCAAGUUUCCCUUGGUGUACAAGAAGGUUAGACCACCAUCUAGGAAGCUCAAGACCACAUACAAAGCAACCAGGCCCAACUUGUUUAUGUAAACUGUAUUGGGUCAUUUCUUGUUGGGGGAAAUAACUAUAUUUCUAUUUUAAUCCAGAGAGAAAGUGAGCGACAAUUUUCUUAAUUAGUGUUUUCUAUCUCAAUUCCUUUACAUGUUCUGUUUUGCUUACAUUGAGACAGAUUAUUAGCAAUGGUUUUAUUUUUGUUUGCUUUGGAAGUUUA